AUGUAUCGCAAUGAGUAUUGGAUUUAUGAUUACGGUUGGGGAGACGUCGGCUUUCACGGCUCACAACAGGUGCGGACACCAAACAUAGACCUAUUGGCCGGAAGUGGUUACGAGACACAUAUGCUGGGCAAAUGGCAUCAGGGAUUUUUCAAACGGCAAUACAUACCAACGCAACGGGGAUUUGACACACAUUUUGGUUAUUGGACUGAUUUGGAGGGCUAUUAUACUCGACAGGACGAGGGUGGGUUUGACUUUAGGCAAAAUGAGAAUAAGGUAAAUCUAACAGAAUAUGAGGGCAUCUAUUCGACCGACAUCUACACAAAUAAAGCCAUCGAUUUUAUUAACCGAAGGGGAAGUGCGGGAAACUCUACAAAACCCUUAUUUCUAUAUCUGGCCCAUCAGUCGGUGCACAGCCCUAAUCAGGCGCCGCAAACAUAUAUCAAUCAAUUCAAUGAUAUCUCAGACACCAAUCGACGCACAUUAGUGGCAAUGGUAUCGGUUUUGGACGACUCGGUGGGCGAUAUAUUUGCCGCACUCCUAAAGGCAAAUAUAUUGGACAAUACAAUCGUUAUAUUCACGACAGACAACGGGGCGCCCAUUAAUGACUUUGGAUCUAAUUGGCCACUAAGAGGCGGAAAGACCACACUAUGGGAGGGCGGCAUUCGUGGCAAUGCUUUCAUAUGGAGUACACGCCUAAAAAAGAGAUAUAUUAGCGACCAUUUAAUGCAUGCAAUGGAUUGGUUGCCCACAAUAUACACCGCGAUUGGGGGUAAAACACGAGAUUUGGGACCCAUUGAUGGCAUCGAUAUGUGGGAUAUUCUUAACCAUAACUUAGAAAACCCACGAAAACAUUUAUUGCAUAAUAUAGACCCAAUUGAUAACAACUGGGCGCUC